UUUUAUUAGUGUUGCUUGUAGUGUGGUAUGGUAUUACCUGUGGACUCUCCAACAAAUUCCAAAGGCACACGGAGUUGUACAGUUGUAUCUGGGUACUUACAAUGGAGGGGUUUUUGUGUAACUGAAAUCUUGCUGUAGUUAGUUUUCCCAAGUGUUGGGAAAAUAAAAAAGGUGUUCAUCGUGUUCAAGAAGAAUUCAAAUAGUUCACAAAAAGUAGAGGUAUUUGUUGACAUAUCUAUCCGGUUUUUUUUAGAACUCCAUCAGUGGCGAGAGAUAUUGAUGAUAAAUACAAUGAUGGCCGUGAACCCUUUAUUGACAGCAUCAGGGCAUCAGAGGAUUCCACUGCUUCCCUCACCGUUUGAACCUCCAAGUGUGGAUAGAGAUUUAUUGCCUCCCACUAUAGCUCCAACUGACCCAAGACAGUUUUGUGUUCCUUCCCAAUUUGGAUCAUCUGCUCUACCAAAUGCAAAGAUGCCGAACGUGCUGUCCAGUCAUGUCUCCUCAGGUUGGGGCAUUUUGCCACCUGAAUCCAUAAAGGCAAUGGCUAGAAGGAAUGAAAUGAUUCAAAGGCAGCAUACUGCCAGGAUGGAAAUGGAAAUGCGUGCCAUUUACCAACACAGGAGAAUAGAAAAAGUUAAUUCCAAGGGACUCGCCGGCCUAGGGAUACCAUUCCUCUAUGGCUUCAGUAUCCCAGCUGGCCCAGCCACCGACCAUGGCAGGAGCAUGCUCCCUGCCAGGGACCUGCAUGCUCACAGAAGCGCCCUGAGAAACCUUCAGGGAAACCCCAUGCUAGUGGCAACUGGUCCACGCUUUCUAGAGAGCUUGGGGCAGAAAUGUCGUCAUCUCAGGAGAGGUACAGGGAAUCAGAAAAUUCUAGACAGUGACACCGAGAGUUCUAAAAGUCGAGUAGAACAAAAGCCCCUAGGCCAAACCCAUGCAAUUCCCUGUGAAGAGAAUGAGUAUGCAAAAGACCCAGAAACAGACACUCUCAACAAUCACAAGUUGGGUGAAACCAAAGAAAAGCCAUCUACAGCUCUUGCUCACACCUUUGGAGAGCUGGAGCGCAGCGAUGGAAAACCCUGGGGAGCUCAUAACACUCCCCUGGAAGAAAAGGCCUGGGACAAUGGGAAAGAGAAGGCUUCAGAGCAGGUUUUGGCAGCCUGUGGUGAAAAGAAUGGGGUUUACCCUCCAGUUCCUCGACCAUCUCUGCCAGGAACACAUGUGCUUCUUACAAUCAAGGAAAAUCUAUCUUUGGAUGAAGAUAUUCAGAAAUGGACCGUGAAUGAUGUGUACAACUUCAUUAGUGGCCUUCCAGGUUGUUCAGACUAUGCUCAGGUGUUUAAAGAUCAUGCAAUUGAUGGAGAAACUUUGCCAUUACUCACAGAGGGGCAUCUUCGAAGCACUAUGGGCUUAAAGCUGGGGCCGGCACUAAAGAUCCAAUCGCAGGUAUCUCAGCAUAUGGAAACUAUAUUCUACAAGAAAAGUCUUUCACUUCCUACCCACACGAAACAAGCAUUCGAUCAGCCAACAGAUACAAACCCUCUUUUGGAUUUUAAUUCCUGGAGUGAUACACUGGACAUUCCUUGUUCCCAGGAUAUGAUCAUUCCUAAAAGAACUGAGCGAGAUACUAUGAGAAAUUAAAACCCUCACGGAGCAAGAACAGUCUUAAUCGGUUUUCUGAAAAGUCUGGCAUAUUCUGAAGGGUGUGCGGGAGUUUCCCAGGACCAGACGGCAGGCUCAGAGGGAGAGAAAGCCCACCCUCCUGAGCUCUCUGGGAGGAGGCCUUGCCCAGGCUUCCCGAAGUGACCUCAUCACAAAGUGGCUGGAGGCGUAUCCUUGGAAGCAAAUGCUUAAUGAAGGAUAGAAUUUGCAAACAUCAAAUUUGUAUAUAUAAAGAGGUCUAUUUCUUUUUUUUCUUCCAGUUUUAUUGAGAUACUAUUGACAUAACAGCACUGCAUAAGUUUCAGGUGUACCACGUAAUGAU